AGGUCGACAGUCCACACCAACACCAACUGAGAUAAACGCUGACCACGAUUAGCCGCGGAAGACAGAGAGAAAGGCAGGAUGAGUGACGGCGGCGACGACGUGUUGUACAGGAGGAUGCAGGCCGUGGCGAGCUACUGGAACAGGAAGAAGAGCUCGUUCGGGCUCGGCCAUCUGGAGCGCAAGGUGUUCUCGUGGUCCGUCCCAGAUAUCUUCAACAGGGACCUGCUCAGGCACCAGGUCAAGAGGAUACCGGAUAUUUUCGAGUCUUUUGCGAGUUAUUUGAACUCCUUUGCCUACCCAUUUAUCGAAGAAGUGCAUGCUGAUUUAUUCUCUUCAUUGGAUGGUUAUGUUCAUGCGAGCUUUAUAGAAGUAAUCCAAGUGGCAAGGCUUGACGAGGAGAGGCCAAUAUUUGGCCUUGACGUCGCAGAACCUGUGAAAGAUGGUGAGAGGUCAAGGGAGGUGUAUGAACCCACAAGGGGCGAUAUAAUAGUCAUGUCCUCACAGAAACCGAAGCAUGUGUCUGAUUUAACACGAAAUCAGGUGUCCUAUGUGUUAGGUUCGGUUCUCAAAAGCCAUAGAGAAGAAGACGACAGCUUGCCACCUAAUUGCUGCAUUGUGCAACUGUCAUCUGCCAUCCUAAUUGAUUCAUAUCAUCAAACAAAAAAACCGAAGGGGCAAUUGUUUGCUGUGUUUCUCAUAAGCAUGGAGACAUACAAUCGUGUAUGGAAAUGCCUUCAUAUGGGACCUAAUGACGCUAUUGUCGAGCUUCGGAACAAAAAGUGCACUGAUCUCGUUAAUUCGGUGUGGCAGUACAAGCGAAGGGCCGUAGAAGAUGCUAGCGCACCAUCUUUCCAGUUAUCUCGAACCUUCUGUAAUGGAUCAGUCGAUGGCCUUGGCCUUGAGAAGUUCAAUCUAAAUGAUUCACAGCUAAACGCGGUAGUGGACUGUGCUUUAGCAAUGGAAAACCACUCUUCUUCCAUAAAACUAUUAUGGGGUCCCCCUGGGACAGGUAAAACUAAAACCAUCAGCACUAUCUUGUGGGCCAUGCUUAUUAAGGGCCGGAAAACACUUGCUUGUGCACCUACCAAUACUGCUGUAUUGGAGGUUGCAGCUCGAAUUGUUAAUCUUGUGGGGAAGCCGUCAGAUAGCAGCGUCUGCUUCUUGAAUGACAUUGUUCUAUUUGGAAGCAAAAAGAGAAUGAAGAUUGAUAAUGGGAACCCCCUUUCUGCCAUAUUUCUUGAGUCUCGUGCCAAGCGCUUAUUACCAUGUUUCAUGCCGAGCACAGGCUGGAUCCAUUGCUUGUGCUCACUCAUAGAUCUGCUUGAAAACUCAUCAACCAAGUACCAGUUGUACAUUGAGGCUAAGGGUAUUAUUCAACAAAAGAGGCCCACAAACACGAAGCAGGGGCGAAGCCGGCCAAUAACGCUACCGGUGUCAUCACCAUCAGAGGAUAGGAUCAUCGACAAGGUAAAGCAGUACAUUAUACCGUUUCUUCAUUGGUUUUGUAAAACUGAGAUGACACCAACAAAUGUCUCUAGCUCCGCCCCUGCCACGAAAGAUAUAUAUGAAGGCACUUCUUGGCAAGUUUGUAACAAAGAUUUCUCCUGUGGACAGAAUGACAAGUAUUCUGAAUACAAGGAUAAUGACUGUGGUAACGAGGAAUGUUAUAAGUCUGGAGAAGCAGAAGAAGCAGUAAUAGUACCAUCUUUCAAGGAUUAUCUGAGGGACGAGUACAAGAAACUGUCGGGUAAUCUGUAUGACUGCAUUAAAAUACUAUACAACGAUCACCCAAGAAAUCCAGAAACAGGAAGGAGCUUUCAGUGUAUGAUGGAGGUGCUUGAACUGAUCAAAAUUCUUUAUGCUCUGAUAAAUUCCGACGUGGAUGAUGGAGACAUAUGCUCAGAAGAACUGCUUGCAAGCAAAGUAGAAGAUGAAUGGGACCCUGAGACCUGGCCAGAAAAACUGGCCACUGUAAAGACCAAUUCAUGCAAUAAAUUGAAGUUCAGUCUGGCAAGGUCAAUGUUUGUGCAAGAAUUAAGAUACCUUUGCACGAACUUGGUGCUUCCAAAUUGUUACUGUGCACGAUCUGUUGAACAAUAUCUUCUGGCAAGAGCCAAAUGCAUCCUCUGUACAGUUUCUAGCUCAUUCAGGUUGUAUAAUGUGCCUAUGAGAUAUUCUUCCUCAGGUUUAUGUGGGCUGCCUACGAAACCAGAAAACAUCAGCCUUGAGUUGCUGAUUGUUGACGAGGCUGCACAGGUCAAAGAAUGUGAAACCUUAAUUCCGUUGCAGCUGCCGGGUAUAAAGCAGGCUAUUUUAAUCGGAGACGAAUACCAGCUUCCUGCUCUUGUGAAGAGCAAAAUAUCCGACAGUGCUAAAUUCGGACGAAGUGUUUUUGAGAGAUUAAGUUCGUUGGGUUACAGUAAACAUCUUCUGAAUGUCCAGUAUAGGAUGCAUCCAGAAAUAAGCAAGUUUCCAGUUAGCAAAUUUUAUGGUGGCAAGAUAUCUGAUGGUCCAAAUGUGACUCAUAAGAACUAUGGCAAGAGGUUUUUAGCAGGAAAAUGGUUUGGUCCAUAUUCAUUUAUAAAUGUAGAUUGCGGACAUGAAACCACCGAAAAGAAUGCCCGAAGCCUAAAAAACACAAUAGAAGUUGUUGUGGUUGCGCGGAUGGUGCAAAGACUGUACAAUGAGACAGUUUCUACAAGAACCAAGCUCUCUGUUGGUGUUGUUUCCCCAUACAAUGCUCAAGUUAGAGCUAUCCAGGAAGAACUUAAGAAAACCUACAGAAGUUAUGAUGGUUUCUCAGUGAAAGUAAAAUCUGUGGAUGGUUUCCAAGGCGCCGAGGAAGAUAUCAUUAUCAUAUCAACAGUCAGGAGCAACGGAGCCGGUUCAGUUGGGUUUCUUUCAAACUUACAGAGGGCAAAUGUGGCUCUGACAAGGGCCAAGCACUGCUUAUGGAUUGUGGGGAACGGGACAACUUUGCUCAGCAGCAAUUCUAUCUGGCAGAAGAUUAUCAAUGACGUACAGAAUAGAGGAUGCUUUUUUGACGUCCGUGAUGACAGAGAUUUGUCAAAUAAAGUAAUGAAGGCCACGAUUGAGCUGGAUGCUGCUGAGAAUUUAGUGAAAAUGGAAUCGCUGCAUAUUAGCAGGCCCAAGUUUCAGAGAACUAGACCAAAACACUGGCCAUGAGAGGCCUGGAUCUCCCAAGGUGCAAGUGCAAAGUCUUCUUAAUACAUCAUGUAGCUGUAAUUGUUUUUGCUAUGCAGACCUGAGAUGAGGCUCCAUCUAGAUGUUGUUUCGGAACUGUGAAGCACAAUAUUUUGUUUAGGCUAGAAAGAACUAUAUGUUUUGGGACGGAGGGAUUUUUUUUACUGGCUUGUUUAGCCCUAUGCACACUGGUUGCCCGGAACCGUAGUUGUUUGUUUAUUGGGAGAA